AUGCAGGAAAGCAAUGACUUGAAUGACUGCAGAGUCCUGGGUGGCCGGAAGACACUAAACACACUGCCAAGUCCUGAAAGAAAAGACUGCGGACUCAGAAGCCUAUAUCCAGGGAAAAUAGGUUCAGGGACGAAGGUGAAACGGAUAUCCUCGGCCGAAGGAAGACUCAGGAAGCUUCGUCAGCAGACCUGCCCUAAAGAAAUGCAGAACGAAGUUCUUCAGGAUGAAGGAGUUGAAGCCCGGGCGCCUAGGCAACCACGUCAACUUCCGGCCGGAGGCGAGGCCGCGGUUGGCCAGAAGCCACAUUUCCGCCACGUGACCCCGGCCGGCGCGCGGGGGUCGCACGAGGGCGCGCGUCUGGCGCCUGCCGCCCCGCGGGGUGGAGUGCGACUUCGGCCGGACCCGACGGCCGGGCGGGGCCGGGCGCGGCCGGGCGCGGCUGCGAGUGUCGGGGCUCCGCGCCGAAGGCGGCCCGGCGAGGCUGCUUCUGGAGCCGCCGAGCUGGAGCUGGCACUGGAGCCCCGCGGGGCCGCGGCCCCCGCGGCCGGGCAGCGGCUCCUGCAGGCCGAGGCCCCGGCGGAGGAGGCGCGGGCGGCGGGCUCCCGGCGGGGCGGCGGGGCCGGGGGCGCGCUGCGCGGGCUCGUCACGGCGGUGCUGUGCGCCGCCUUCCUGGGGCUGGGAAUGAGUAUCGCUAUAUUGGGCCCGACUUUUCAAGAUUUGGCAACAAAUGUGAACCACAAUAUCAGCAGUCUUUCUCUCAUUUUUGUGGGCCGUGCCUUUGGGUAUUUGAGUGGCUCUGUGAUUGGUGGAAUUCUUUUUGACAGUAUGAACCAUUUUCUACUUUUGGGGGUGUCCAUGUUUGCCACCACGGUCGGUCUGUACCUGGUCCCGCUUUGUAAGACCGCAGUGUUGCUGGUUGUCAUGAUGUCCAUCUUCGGUGUUUCGGUCGGCGUCCUGGACACAGGUGGGAACGUCCUAAUCCUGGCUAUCUGGGGGGAUCGCGGAGCGCCACCCAUGCAGGCCUUACACUUCAGUUUUGCGCUGGGUGCCUUUGUGGCCCCGCUGCUGGCUAAGCUGGCCCUGGGCACGACGGUGUCUGCUGAAAAGGGCACGGCGGCUGACUCGAGCCAUUCAGCCUUCAACCAGUCAUCUGAAGCUGGCCCGGAAUAUCUGCUCGGCAUUCCCGACGAUAUGAAUUUACUGUGGGCUUAUGCUGUUAUUGGUACUUAUAUUUUUGUAGUUUCCAUCUUGUUUUUUGCUCUGUUUUUAAAGAAAAGCUCAUGGCAUGAAAAGGCAAAAAUAUCUGCUCAGAGGUCUCGAAGAGCCAAAUUCCACAAGACCCUUCUGUGUCUCCUCUUCCUGUUCUUCUUUUUCUAUGUGGGAGCUGAGGUGACGUACGGCUCUUACAUUUUCUCGUUUGCAACCACUCAUGCUGGCAUGAAAGAAAGUGAGGCGGCCGGGUUGAACUCCAUCUUCUGGGGCACCUUCGCAGCCUGCAGGGGCCUGGCCAUCUUCUUCGCCACGUGUCUGCAGCCUGGAACCAUGGUUGUGUUGAGCAACAUCGGCAGCCUCGGGUCAUCUUUAUUUCUGGUGCUUUUUGACAAGAGCCCGUUGUGUCUCUGGAUAGCAAGUUCGGUGUAUGGGGCCUCAAUGGCCACGACGUUUCCCAGUGGUAUUUCCUGGAUUGAGCAGUACACAACCAUCCACGGGAAAUCUGCCGCGUUUUUUGUAGUCGGGGCCGCUCUGGGAGAAAUGGCUAUUCCUGCAGUGAUCGGAAUUUUGCAGGGGAACUACCCGGGUUUGCCGGUAAUGUUGUAUACCUCUUUGGGCUCAUCGGUAGCCACUGCAGCUCUGUUUCCUGUGAUGUAUAAAUUAGCCACCUCACCUCUUGAUCGCCAGCAAAAGGACCACAGAAAGAGCGAGGACCAGACAGCUUUGCUCUCUAGCUCUGGGCUAAAUGACUGUGAGGAACAGAGUGAAGACGGUGAUGCAGAAAAGUGGAAUGAAAUGGAUUUUGAAGUGAUUGAAACGAGCGACACGAGGAGGAAUUCUGUAACAGGGACGUCUGGAAAUACUCUGGUGGAGCCUACAGCUAAAGUCUGCGAACACCCCCCCUCCAGCGAGCCGGUGUCUGGGCCCUUCUGCGGCUAAGACGGCCUCGUCCUCUCUGAAUUACGGGGCAGGAAACCAGGGGAAGAGGGACUGGCACCUAGAGGAGGUGGAUUGUCUGCUGACCUCCAUCGUAACCACCAGUUCUAACGAGGCCAGUCAGCGGAGCGUCAGCAGAUUUUCAGCAUGCUCUGGGGAUCAGAACGUCUAGGUCAGGGUGUAGCAAACGCUAACAAGUUUUGGAACGCAUUGUAGUUCCCAGUCUUCCAUACGGAACCAGAGGCUGACUAAUGUGAAGAAGGCAUUUGGUUCAGAGAAGCGGGGCCCGUUCUGCUAGAAUAAAUCCGCCUAGUAGUAAGUCAGCUGAACAAGUUAUCAGUCAUCAGUACUCUACCAGGGAAGCUGAGGAAAGUUGUUCCACAAAAGAACACUUUUGAAAAUGGACGGUUUUUAUUUGCUUUACGCUGUCUGUGGCUUUGUACCCGAGUGCUACCAGCUCAUUUGAUACUGAUUUCUAUGAAGAAAACACAGAACAGGGCCCAGCUUCAGGCCUGGGCUGCGGCUUCCUAGCCAUCUGGCUGCAUGAUGGAGGCCCCCCCUUUAUCUCAUCUCCAGAUCCAUGAUUCUGUAAGUGAAAAUGAGAUGGUUUUCAAACUAGGAAUCCAUGUUUUAAAGUUUAUGCACAGUGUCUGCUAGAAAUCAUAAAGGCCACUCUGCUCUUCCUUUCAGAUGAGAAGUGAAACAAAAUAGUUUUAAGAAUGUGCUACUGAUAAUGAAGACCUAUCAGUUUAAGAGGCUCAGUGUUUAAUACUUUAUUUGAAUAAUUAUUUGAAGAGUACAUAUUUAUAGUACUGUAUUUCAUUGAUUCUAAGAUGCAUAUUUUUAAUGUCUCAAAUCAGAAUGUCUUAAAAUCAAUGAUCAUUUAACAUUGUGACAAUUGACAGUUUCCACAUACAUAUAUAAAGUCAUGUGUUUUACAGUGUCUUAGAUUCAGUAAAAUACAGUAAUGAAUAAUGGAGAUUUAAUUAUUUUUAUAGGUACUUUGAAAAGUUAUUUUUGUAUGCUCGUUUUCUCUGUGUUCAAAUGGGAUUUGGAGUGCUGUGUUCCAAUUUUAGACACUGCUUCAGCGUCACUGGGGCGGCAGGCUGUGGACGGCGUCUCAGCCUUGGUGGUGCUCCCGCCCAAUGCGGUGCCUGGUGAGCCUGGCCACCCGCCUUGCGGGGCCACCGUGUUGCGUCUGGUUGGCGUCCAUGGUGGGAGCUGAGACCCGGCCGCCCGGUGGCAUCUGUUCCAGGGGAUGGGAUUCUCGCGCCCCCGGGAGCCUCCUCCCUGAGGCUGAAACACCCGGGAAAUCUAAACAAUGGUUAGAAAGUGGCUCGGUGGCCCGCACAGGGCGCCUCCCAGGACACGGCAGGGCUGGUGUGGGCUGCGGUCUGGGCGGUGACUGUGCCCUUCUCACCAGGCGCUGCGCUGAUUGCGUCUGACUUGAGCCUGGUUGUGCGCGUCUGCUUCCUGUCAUCUGAUUUCUGUGAGCUUGCCCAUGUUCUUCUCAGCCCCUGCCCUUUGCCUUGCAGCCCUGCCACAAUACUGGCCCAUGUUGGUGACCUAACAGGUUUGCGGAGGGCGGUGGAAAAAUCAGCAGUGAGAGCCCUGUGCACCUUGCUGUCGUUAACCUGCGCUAUUCUGGCUGGAGUCUGCAGGCAGCCUCCCUCCAUUUACUGCUUUUCCCAGGUUGUUGGAGCCCAGGCAGCAGCAGCGAGAAGGUGCUGGUACAGGGAAGCCUCCUUGCCCAGGUAAUCACCCAUUAAUAUGGAGAUGAGCUUCUCAACACCGGAGGAACGAUGCAGAUGCGCUAAAGCCAUGCUUCUUUCUACCUCUGAACGCCUAUUGAUAUGCAGACGUACUAAAGCCAGUUAUCAGAGGGGCCUGAAGUCAGGAACUGUGCAGUUUCUGGUAGGAGGAGGGACCAUAAAAAUACCUAGACCAGCAACCGGCUCAUUUAGACCGGCUCCGUCUGCGCACACCUGUAAGUCCGGCCUCUCAGCACCUCUGGGACCCGCAGCACCCGGGGCUGUAGGUGAUACUAGUUUUGCUUUGUACACGAGGCGAUGGGCGUACGUGCUUCUCCCCCUACAGCCAAAAGGAAAUGGAGCUAGAGUUCAGGCUGGACGGUGUCUGACUCCGAAGCUCCACUUCUUUGCAGAAGGUCUCGCCUCGGAGUGGCCGCUUGGCUAAGGUCAUCCGACCCCUCACUGACUUCGGGCCCACGCGUUCUGGCUUCACUCCCACCUGUCCACGGACCUGCUGUAGCUCGAGAGGCCAUGCAGGUCGCCAGAACUGUUUAGAAAGUUUUUUUUUUUUCUUGUGGUUUCUGUGAAAGACUAAACUAUUAACAGCUGAUUCUUAAAAGGCAGGGAAAGUAAUUAUGAAAGUGUACUAGAAGCUUAUGAAACAUGUUUUUGGUAAAAUGUCCUCACAGGUGUUACCGGAAAAGCAGAUGGAUCUCAUUAAAAGGCAGUUUGGCUACAGACUCCAAGGACAGUUACCAGGAGGCACAUCCCCGUGGGAAAGCAAACCAGAGGUGCACCCCAAACACCUGACACAGCUAGUUCGGGGCACUCACACCCACCCCCGUUCGUUUGGCUGCAUCCAAUUUCCACGAGUCCUGCUUCAAGAUGAUUGAUUAUGUCUAAAUGAGAAUGGCCAUGGAAGAUCUACCAAUAAGCAGAUUCUCAGAACUGUAAGGAUGAGAGUAUCUUCCAGGCACCUGAGGGGCACGUUCACCGCAGCACGCUGCUCACCGCGCCCAGUGCGCUCAGGCCCGGCGUGCCAUCCGCCACGUACAUCUCUGCCCUGAGACGCUAAUCUGUUUCCCAAGAUAGGACGUGCGCGUCACUCCCUGCGCUGCAGCCACAUUCAGGAGCCAGGACAAACUGCCCCCUGGGGCUGGCAGGUGAGCCAGGAUGGAGUCACGCGCCUCACUGAGCUCAGCUCAGUUUGCUUCAGGAUCCUUCACCGGUGACUCAGACCCUGGGCACUGCAGCUCAGUUCUGCUUACAUUUAAAACUAAAUACCACAACCUGGACACUUAGCCUGUAAGAAGACAGAUGUUUACAAAACCUGCUUCAAGCUCUACCAACUGUUUCUUUUUGCAACUCUCUGGCUUCCCCAUCCUUUCAAAAAAUUUCAGUCAGAUGCUUUAUUUUCAUUCAUUCAGUUAUUAAAAGUGCUUAAGAUGA